GUGGGGGAAAUUAGGUGGGAGAGAGAAGCUCUUAAGGUGUGGCUGUCAUACGGCCAUGAAACGUCCUGAAGAAGUAUUAAACUCGGAUCCGAACGCAGCCGGGAAGUUUGGAGUGUUGGGUUUUUAAGAAGUUAUGGAACGAAUAACUGCGCUUCUUUUUCUUUUACAGGCGUCAGUAACUGUUGUCAACACAGGUUCACACUCAAUGUGGGUGUUUGCAACAUUUAUUCACGGGCAGACCCAAUUCCCAGAAUUCAGUAUUCUGGGAUUUGUGGAUGAUCUUCAGGUGCUGUACUAUGACCGCAACAUCAAGAAACUUGUCUCUCGAAGCCAACCAAGCUCCACAAAGGGAGUUGAAGAUAUUAUGCUUCUAGGUGCAAACAUUGUGAUAGAAGACAUGUACACUUACAUGAAAAAUCCAUCACAUCGUGCAAGGCUCUUCGGCAAUCACACUGGAGGAGUUCGUGUUCAUCAGAAGCUGGCUGGAUGUGUGCUGGACAAUGACAAGCCCAGUCAGGUCAUGGUGUGGGAUGCUUAUGAUGGAAUAAAAGUGAUGCAUUUUGACUUGCAUAAUCACACAGUCAACCCUCUAUGGCCAGAGUUUAUAUGGACCACAAAGGCAGCAGAGAUUUUUCUAAUGGAAUUAAUAAAUAUUUAUCAGCCUAUUUGUGUCCAAACAUUGAAGUACUAUCUGGAGAAAGAAAAGAACAUUGUGCUUAGAAAAGAGCGGCCCAGAGUCAGACUAAUCCAGAAGACAUGCAGGGAGACUGGAGUGGUGAAGGUGAGCUGUCUGGCCACUGGCUUCUACCCCCGGCACAUCAAACUGACCAUGCUGAGAGACGACCGUCCCAUUCCAGACGAGGAGCUCAUUUUCGGGGAGGUGUUACCCAACGGAGACGGGACGUACCAGACGAGGAGAACCCUUAGUAUCAGUUCGGAGAAAGCGAGAGAGAAACACCGUUACACCUGCUCUGUCACACACCUUACUCUGGACAACAAGCUGGACAUCAACUGGGAAUCAGGUGAAGGCGCUAAUGUUGCAGUCAUCAGUUCUAUGGUUGUAGUGCUUGUUCUGGUUCUGGUUCUGAUCUUUGCCAUCCCUGCGUUUAUCGUCUAUAAGAAGAGAUGCAGAGGCAUCUAGACCUCCUUUGGAUACUUGCUUGCUAAAGAGAAGAAAAUAACUUUGGCCGAGCCAGUGGACGAUUCACCACCCAUGAACAGUGCACUAGUGCUACAGAGGAGAAGACGGAUCAGCACUGCAUCCCAUCUCUACUAAACUACAGAUAAGCUUAGAGAUCUCCUCCAUAAUACUAAGACAAAUCAUACCAUCUGGGUAGAUGGACAUUGGACACUAUUUUAUUUUGAAACUUAUUAUAGAAGCAGAGCUCUGAUAUUUUUGUUUUGUUUGGAUUAUCCAAUUGUUUUGACUAUAUAGCUUUGUAUAUUUGCAGAUUUAAAUAGAUCACUUCAAAUACGUUUUGUAUUUUUUUAAAUUGCAGUUUCCAUCAAUUUUAAUGGAAAAAUCAGAUAUUUAACCAAUUCAAUUAAGGUUAGGGUAAUGAAAGUUGAGUCUGAGGGUUGAGGCAAUUCACAGCUGUGUUCAGCAGCUUAAAGAAAGGUUAGGACAUGGGUUUGUUUUGGAUUUUGGAUGAGACAAAAAAUUUCUCU